AUGCUCUCUCUCCUCGCCAAAAGCCUCUCGGCACAGAGCAAACGCUCCAUGAGCACCAUCCGCUACUCGGAGUUCGGCCAUCCGCUGACUGUCCUCCGAACGGAGGCAGACGACAAGGAGACAGCGCCCGCCACUGGUCAAGUGGCGCUCCGGUUCUUAGCCGCCCCGAUCAACGUGUCGGACUUGUCGCAGAUCCAGGGCACGUACGCGAUCAAGCCCCAGUUCCCAGCGGUCGCUGGCAAUGAAGGAGUGGCGGUCGUCACGGCAGUGGGUGAUGGCGUGACUCACGUCAAGGUCAAUGACCGUGUCAUUCCCACGGGCGCUGCCUUUGGAACAUGGCGGAGCAAAGCGGUGGCGAACAGCACCGAAGUGAUGAAGAUCUCGGAAUCGAUCUCGGUGGAAGAUGCAGCAACUUUAUCGGUGAACCCGUCGACGGCGUAUCGGAUGCUGGCGGACUUUACGACGCUGAGCAAAGGCGACGUUGUGAUCCAGAAUGGCGCCAACAGUGCAGUGGGUCAAGCUGUCAUCCAGCUGGCGACGCUGCGGGGCAUCACGACCAUUAACAUCAUUCGCGACGACGGUGACUAUGACGACACUGUGCAGCAUUUGAAAAACCUGGGUGCCACGAUUGUGUGCACGGCCGAUUACAUGGGCUCGGCCAAGUUCAAAGAGCUGAUCUCCGACUUGCCGGCUCCGAAGCUCGCGCUGAACUGCGUGGGCGGCAAGACGAGCCUCGAGAUGGCGAAAGUGCUGGCCAAGAAGGGCGUGCACGUCACAUACGGCGGCAUGAGCAAGCGGGCGGUAUCGGUGAGCACGAGCGCUCUGAUCUUCCACGACAUUACGCUCAAAGGCUUCUGGCUGAGCCAGUGGGUCAAAGACUCGACUGUCGAGGAGCGUGCUGCCAUGCUGUCGGAGCUAGCGGACCUCGUGGAAGCUGGGAAGCUGCGCACUUGGAUUCAAACAUAUAAGUUUGCCGACUUUGACGACGCUCUGCACGCUGCCGUGAACCGCACAACCAAGCGCAAGGUCGUGCUGCUGAUGGAGUAG